AUGUCCAAGUUGAACCAUCCAGGCCUACGAGAGGCAUCAUCUAAAUCUACAACUCAUCUAGACGAGCAUACUCAUACUUAUGCUCUUCAGUCAAGACCUACUAGGGCUGAUUAUCCAGAUCUCACACUUAGUCUCCUGUCGACGCUUUCCAAUCGACGAUCCGAGCAAUCUGGAAUAGGCAGAGACUAUUGGCUUGAUGACUCUUCGGCACUGGAGUGUCGUGCAUGCGAGAGAAGGUUUACCACGUUUAGAAGGAAACAUCAUUGUCGAAUAUGUGGUAAGAUUUUUUGCGGGGCAUGUACUACGUUCAUUGAUGGCACAAAGUUUAAUGUCAAUGGUCAGAUGAGGGUUUGCCUGUCUUGUGCACAGCUUGCUGAGCGUUAUGAGGAUUAUCCAACAAGUGAAGAGGAAGAGGAAUUUGAUGAUAGAGAAAGCCCGAGCCGAAGAAGUCGUAUAAGUGCUGAUGAUACAUCCACUCUAAUUGGUGGGCGUGAUUCUCCAUUAAGAUCGCAGCUUGGAGUGAUUAAACGAAGUUCCGACUCGACGGAAGGGAAAACUACUUCUUCAAAUAAGAUAGAUACUAUCAAAGCAAGCAGCAAAAAGCCAUCGGAGUCUAAUAAUAAGGAUAUAAGUGCGACAAAGGACACGGAAACAACUCCAGCUCCACCUCCAUUGCUCACAAUUGCCACCAGAAGGGAAGGUGAGGCUGUUGAAAUAGAUAUUCCACGGGCAAAUCGGCAUCAAGUUCAUCAGAUUCAUCAAAAGAGGCAACAAGGACGGCAGGAUCUGCUUCAGGGAAAGGACACCACUCUUGCAAACUCAUCUGCUCGACUUGCACCACUAAGCUUUACGAAAGUGGCCGCUAGUGCGGCAUCUUCGAUCUUCAAUUUUGCAGCUUCUAAGAGGGUUCCAUCAGAAACAAGAACUAACUCAAAGACGACUUCAGUCCCUUCAGCUGGGAAUAGGCCGCAUUCUGCCUUAUCAGACGAUAUAAGCAAUAGUAUUUAUACGAGUGAUUCGAGCGAGGAUGAUGUUGAUUCAGACCACGAUCCAUUUAUUCAGAUUACGAGGAAAGGUGACGCCAAUACUAGCGCAAUGUACAAAAGUGGAGACACCGUGCGUGGGAAAUCAGUAAAGCAAAACACAUCUGUAGAUGUGGAGGAUCAGGUUCUUCCUGGAAUGAGUACGGAGAGCCUUGACAGUACGAAUCUACUAAGGAGUAAAAGCGUUGGAAACAGGCUUAAAAUAUACCAAAAUGCAAAUGAUGCUAGUGCUGCCUCUUUGCCUCCGCUAAGUCCUACAUCCAGCGAAAGUGUUAAUAAAGGGUGGGGGGUUGGCUUGGGAAUUGAGCGGCCUUCGUAUGGAUCUGUAUCACAGCAAAUUCUUGGGCCUUUAAGAUGGGGAAUGCAGCCGUCUAUGAGUCUGCAGAGGGAUAACCGGGGGUUUCAGCCUACAGAUAUCAUGAAACAGCGAUCUAGGAUGAGACGUGCUUCAACUUUUCAACGAUUGAGACACAGAAGGAUAAGCCGAAGUGGUCGUAAGGUAAGUGGCACUGGCACAAGAGUGCUAUCUUCAUCUUCUGUGUCGUCCUCUUUACUGGGAUUUGAAGAUUUUGAGUUCACGGACGAUUUCUUGAGAGCUGGAGAGAUGCACGGGAGACAACUGCUUCGAGAACUACUCACUGAUAAGGAUAUACCCAACAUAGAUCAGUGGACUGAGGUGCUUGUGAAAUGCUUGAAGAAGAUAUCCCUUAUAUCUGUCGAUCUCAGCAACACAACAGGAUUUGAUAUGUCCAACUAUCUCAAGUUAAAGCGUAUUCCGGGAGGGGAGAUCUCAGACACGCACGUUAUAGAUGGACUGGUAAUUUCAAAAAGUCUUCCUUUGAAGCAAAUGCCGCGUGAGAUCGAUAAUCCACGUAUUAUGCUCAUUACAUUUCCUCUUGAAUAUGACCAAGAACAGGAUACAACAUCGAGUGCCGGGGAAUUGCACAGACUGUCCCAACAGGAUGACAAUUCAUUCAAAGAAGUAGACCAGGAGGAUGUGAUGGACGCCCAAUUUUCAUCUCUUGAACCGAUCAUCGCACAGCAAAACGAAUUUUUACGCAAAUUAACAGCAAGAAUAGCUGCUCUCAAGCCUAAUAUAGUACUAUCUUCUUCUACAAUCAACGGGUAUGCUUUGGAACUUCUGUCGGCAAGAGGAAUAACCGUGGUCCCAAAAGUGAAAUUGCCUGCAAUUGAACGCGCUGCUCGAAUGACAGGAGCAGAUGUCAUAACUUCAAUGGAUAAACUUGCAUUACAGCCUAAACUUGGACACUGUGGGAAAUUUGAAGUGAGAACUUAUCUCUGCAAGCGUGCAUUACGUACAUAUUUCUACUUUUCCGGUUGCGACAGAAAACUUGGCUUUACAAUUACACUAAGAGGUAUGGGCAAGGAGGCUUUGGGUAAAAUCAAGGAGUGUGCUGCUUUGAUGGCUUAUGUCUUCUUCAACGUGAAACUUGAAUCGGGACUUUUACGUGAUCAGUGUCUACAGGCUCCGGAAAUAAAAGAGCAACAGAUUACCUGUCCUCUAUAUUCCAUACAGAUUGGUUCCUACAGUGAUGUUUGGGACCUAAUUAAGAAGAGGAUUCUUUCUUCCUCUCCGUCCGUCAACUUCCAUGCUCCUCACCUACUUGUGGAGCUCAAAGAUAUUGAAAAACUAGCCGAGAAGAAUAAGUUGCAGUUUGCGGAAUUCGAAAACAAAUUUCACAUUCUUCUAGGUGACAAGUCCUUGAAGGAUGGAAAUCGCCAGAAGGCAAUAAAGAGAUAUUUGGAUUUCUGGCAAAUAUCACAGGUUGCUGCAAACUUGCCUGAAGGUUUUGACGAUUUAUUCAGUAUCGUUAAAAAGUGCAGUGACGAAAGGGAUAGAAUGUUGCGUUACGAGCUUUCUGUAGCUGGUAGACAAUGGGACCAGUUUUGGGCUGCAAGGGGUCUUUCGUACUUUGAUCCAAACUAUCAUCAAAAUAUUGUUACACUAUUUAGCAUGGUGUGCUCGAAGAACUCUACUCCUUGUAUCGGACCGGUUAUUCAGCUAGUUGAUUUUUACUGGGAAAAUGAUUUUUCUUUAGGUCAGUUUAUUGAACACACUUGUUUACACGCUGGUGAUCUUUGCCCGGAAGGAUGCGGACUCAGCCUAAAGGAUCAUUACAGGACUUACGUUCACGGAAGUGGAAAAGUAGACGUUGUUCUGGAAGAGGACACGCAUGAAAAGGCAGGAAAUAGCGUAAAUGGAAAAGAUGACAUAAUUAUGACUUGGAGCUUUUGCAAAGUGUGUCACAGCACUACGGUUGUACUACCACUUACUGAAAAUGCAUGGAAUUAUUCAUUUGGAAAGUACCUUGAAUUGUCAUUUUGGUGUAGGAACAUGAAAGUUAAGGGAUCAGCCUGCGAUCAUGAUUUCUACAGAGAUCAAAUACAUUACUUCAGCUUUAGAGGAUACAUGGUGAGAAUCGAGUACUCCGAGAUUGAUACUUUACGACUGGUUCCUCCAAAGUCAAAAGUCUUCUGGAAGCCACAAUAUGACAUUGGUAUCAAGAUCAAGACUUUCAAUUCGGCUAUCCAAAAAUCGCGGCAAUUUUUUGAUAGUGUACGCAGCCGGUUGAACAGGGUCAAGCUUGACAAUACUACACUUGAAAAAGUUGAGGCCGGUUCUAAGCGAAUUACUGAAUUAAAGCAGAAGGUGGAUACACAGCAAAUAAAUAUCGAGCAUCUUUGUAAACAUAUCUAUUCCAGCACUGAUGUUACAAGACAUCUAGAACUGAAUUCCGUUGUUCGUGAGGUCCAAGAGCUGUCCAGUGAUUGGAAUACCGUGUUCAAGGAGUUUGCAGAGAAAUAUUUACCUUCUGAGAAGGAUAUUAGAAAGAUUACCGCAUUUCAGUUAGAUCGUCUUUUUAAUUCUGUCUCGGAUCAUAAGAAGGGAGAUAAUGAACAUACAGAUGGGGAAGAACGAGAGAUAAAAGAAGAAAAAGCCAGUAAAAAAGACAUGGACCAAAAAGAAGCCAAGCCAGUAACUGAUACUACCGAAAACAGUGGUAUUGAGAAUGAUCAGAAUAAUGCUGCUGACAAACAAAUCGAACAGAAGGGAUCAGCUUUGAAAAAGAGUGAGCAGUCUAAAAGUGAUACCUCCGUUAUGCAAAGGCGGUACUUUUGGGAAAAUCAGGAGAAAAAAGUGGAAGGACAAGCAAAUGAUGACUUUGGGAACUUUGAGAUGAAUUCAGGAAAGGUGAAGAAACUUGCCGAACUCUUUGAUGCUGGUGAAUAUUUCAAGCAAAGAGAAAUGGACAAGAAGAAGAUGGAAGCUAAUAACUAUACUCCUAAGGUGGUUUCUUUGAAGCCACGUGUUGAGGUUUACAAGGAUGUUAAUGAUGCUGUCUGGGAUGAAGAUGUGAAAGUUGCUGAUUCAAACGGAAAAUCGAAAAUUGAAACCGAGAGGGAAGCGGAGAACAGUAUGGAUGAAAACUCUUCGCAAAAUUUGAAAGCUGAUGGAAAUAAAAAGGCUGUCAAAAAAGACAAAAAACAGGAAGGUAGCAUAGCCCAGCCUGAAAAGGUAUCUCUUUUAAAGUCAUUAACGCAUUUUUGGGAAGAUAGAUCGGCGUCAUUAUGGGAACCGUUGGCUUAUCCUCUUAACUUUUCAGAACAUAUUUUUGUUGACUCUGAUGUGAUUGUUAGGGAAGAUGAACCAAGUUCCAUUAUUGCGUUUUGUCUCAGUACGUCCGACUAUAGUUCAAAACUUUGCGAUGCCCUUAACAGAACUCAUGAAGAGAAUAAUGCAAAUUAUGAAGACAAAGUAAAGCAGGAAAGCAAUAAAAAGACGCAAAAAACUCCAGAUUCUGGUGGGGUGAAAAAUAAGACUUCUGCAGGUGAAGGAAGUAAGAAAAAUGAUCAAAUAGCAGAUAAAAAGGCGACAGCAAAGCUGGCUUCAGAGGGUUUAGCCGAGCAAAAUAUAAAACAUGUUCUGGAAGAGGAAACUGAUGAAGAAUCUGCAACAGAAGAAGCGAACAAGGAUAAGACCGUGCCGGAAACACUUGAGUCCAUAAUGCUUAAGAAGGGAUUUCAUCUUAAAUAUCAAUUUGAAGAGGGAUACUCUACAAUCUGGUGCAAGAUAUUCUUUGCCGAACAGUUUGAGGCAUUUAGAAGGCAGUGUGGGGUCAGUGAGCACUUUUUACAGAGUCUAUCUCGUUGUGUGAAGUGGGAUUCUGCAGGUGGUAAGAGCGGGUCAGCAUUUCUAAAAACUUUGGAUGAUCGGUUCGUUAUUAAGGAGCUCAGCAAGGCUGAGCUUGAGGCCUUUGUUCAGUUUGCUCCAAGUUACUUUGAGUACUUUGCACAGGCGCUUUUCCAUAAUCUUCCUACUGUUCUGGUUAAAAUCUUUGGAUUCUAUCAGAUCCAGGUCAAGAACACAUUCCCUGGUGGUAAGUCAUACACAAUUGACGCACUUGUCAUGGAAAACUUGUUUUACAAUCGGAAGACGAGCCGGAUUUUUGACUUGAAGGGUUCGAUGAGAAAUAGACAUGUGGAACAAACUGGAAAGGAGAACGAGGUUCUUCUCGAUGAGAAUAUGGUUGAAUAUAUAUAUGAGUCGCCGUUGUUUGUGCGGGAGAAUGCAAAGAGACUUCUUCGUGCCUCACUUUGGAACGAUACGUUAUUUUUGGCAAAAAUGAACGUGAUGGAUUACUCACUGGUGAUUGGAAUAGACUCAGAGAGUAAGGAGCUGGUGGUCGGAAUUAUUGACUGUAUACGAACAUUCACUUGGGACAAGAAGCUUGAAAGCUGGGUGAAGGAGAAGGGAUUAGUUGGUGGAGGAGGUGUUGGAAGAGAGCCAACGGUUAUUACUCCAAAACAGUAUAAAAACAGGUUUAGGGAAGCCAUGGAGAGAUACAUAUUAAUGGCACCUGGUGCGUUUUACCAAGCAUAUAGGCGUACAUUCCCUCAUCAUGGAGGGCCAUUUUCUGAUGAGGCGGUGGGUGGAUCCACGUUUGAUAAGCAGCCAGAAGAAGAGGAAGGGUUAAUAGGGCAUAGCCCAUAUAAAGAUGAUGAAAAUGAAACAAUUGAAAUGACACAACUCCCACCGAAUAUGCUUGAACUUGAAGAGGAAUCAGAGGCAGUGCUUAGUGGAUUGGUGCGAGACAUCAAUGAUCUUGGAAAGCUCUACCGGAACAACAUGCUUCCCGGAUUUAACGAUAAAAGCGAGGAUGAGGCGAAGAUAAAUGAGAUGAGCAUGAAGAUUACCAAGAAGUUUCAAUUCCUAUACACGGAGAUAAGGAAGUUGGACGACGAAAAGCUACAAUUUCAGCGGAAAUCAGAGACAAUUCUCGUAGAGAAUUUGAAGAAGAAAUUAGCAAUUAGGACGCAGGAACUAUCGACAGCAUUUCGGAAGCUGCAGAAUAACUAUAUCAAAUAUUUAAGGCAGGAUGAGGUGGGUAUAGAUAAGCAAGGAGGAGACCAGUUUAAUGAGUCGCAGAUAUUCUCCAACAGUGGUAAAAGUUCGGAGGAGGAUAAUGAUGUGAUUGAGGAUUAUUCACGAGCGGCCAUGCAAAGCUCGAGUAAGCAGUUAAUGCAACAGCAACAGCAAAGCGAGAUGGACGAUCAGUAUCUUCAGGAGAGGGAGCGGGAGAUAUACAAAAUCGCUCAGGGUGUCGUUGAGAUUUCGACAAUUUUCAAGGAGUUGGAAAACAUGGUGAUUGACCAGGGAACGGUAUUGGACAGGAUAGACUAUAAUUUGAGCAAAACUGUGGUCAACGUGAAGAAGGCGGAUAAGCAGAUGAAGAAAGCAGAAAAGUAUCAGAAGGCAACGACGAAGUGUAAGGUCGUGUUUUUCUUGGUUCUUGUGAUACUUCUCCUACUUCUAGUUUUAAUGCUAAAGCCAAGAAGGGUGGAUCACUACAUUCACGAUGGAGGUAGCAACGGCGAUUCAUCUACGCAGCCGGAUAAUUCAGAGAGUGGGAAUGUGGAUGAAGGCAGUAACCCGGUGGAUAAUGGGGAGAGCCCGGCUAGGAAGACUGCACCUGGCAACAGUGAUGUCGGCAUGAAUUUAGUAUUGAUAUAA